CGAAGGCCGAACGGGAGCGCGUGCAGUGAGCAUGCGCGUCGCUGAACGUCCGCACGAAGAGAAUUGUUUGUUUGGCGCUACGGACGACGCAUUUACUGUAAGGACGAUGUCAGGUUUCCUGGAUGGUAUCAGAUGUGGUGACUGCGAGUGCAGUGUUGACUGGGCAGAAAAGAGAAACACCAUCGCCUCCAUAGCAGCCGGCGUACUGUUUUUCACAGGUUGGUGGAUCAUAAUCGAUGCAGCAAUAAUGUACCCUAAGGAAGAUGAUUUUCACCAUGCUUACCACACCUGUGGAGUCAUCGCUACAAUCGCAUUUCUUAUGAUCAACGCUGUGUCAAAUGGGCAGGUGAGAGGUGACAGCUACAGUGAAGGCUGCAUGGGGCAGACAGGUGCCAGAGUGUGGCUCUUCAUUGGGUUCAUGUUGGCCUUUGGCUCUCUCAUCGCUUCCAUGUGGAUCCUUUUCGGAGGUUUUGUUGUGCCUGCAAAACCAGCUGUGUACCCUGGGAUCGCAGUGUUCUUCCAAAAUGCGUUCAUCUUCUUUGGGGGUCUGGUGUUCAAGUUUGGACGUACAGAGGACCUUUGGCAGUGAAGAGAUUGAACAUCCCUGAGCUUGAUUAACCACGUGUGUUUGAUUUAUUUCAUCCUUCUGUUUCUCUCCUGCUCUUUCCUGCUCUUAAAUACUGUCCCUCUUUGCUGUGACGGCUGGUGCUCUGUGGCCGUAUAAGUAGGUGGAGCUUCAGCUUCACCACGCCCCCCCAGGACACAUCCCUCUUCUUUUGAAACGUGAUGUAUUUGCUUCAUGACGCCCUCAGGCCCAAACAUGUGUAACAUCAACAUGCGGAUAAUCUGGAACCCUACCAAUCAAUACUCUGCUCAUACUGAAAUCACCUCAUAUAGGGUUGUUUUUUGUUUUUGUUUUUUGAUGGAUAUGAUGACCACAGAAGUAAAAGAAGGAGGCGGUGUUGUGACAGCACACUGCCGUGGUGACCAGGACAGCUCGGUUGUGCUGACAGAAACUCUCCACUGUAACCUAUUCCCAGCUCCAUUCCUCCCUGCAGAACUGCACUGCCUUCGUGUUUGUUUUGUAGCCACCGUCUUCUUGGACUCUGUUUAGCUCUUGCUCUGCAAUACUCACUCAAAUGAGUCCUGGUUACCCUGUAGAUGUGAUCCGAGGGAGCUUUGUUCCCAGCGGUUUCACCGGGGUUUUCCAUACGGAGUUCACAGGGGACUGAGCAAACUUGGCUUUAAAAGGGGAAACUAAUAUGAGAUUUUUCUUUUAAUAUACCUAUAUGUACUUUUUUGUAAUUAGAUGUGAGGAUGGGGCUAAUCAGAUCCAUAAUCAAAGCUACUUGUACAGGGAGAUUAAAAGCUAGUGUUUCUGAAAACGGCUUUUUCAUUUUCAGUUUUGUGUGCAUCUCAGAUGCUUGCACAAGUUUAGUGUCACAUUUGUUUCUGCAUCAAUUUGUUUGGAAUAGUCAUACAUAUUCUGAAAGAGUUUCCACCAGUGUCUUGUUCCUAACUGAGCUCUUGGCCAGUUCAGUUCAUUCUCACCCCCACCCCCUUUUUGUAGAAAAUGCAAAUAUACAAACUCAUGUUUGUUGAACAGCACUGGAGGUUGUUCCUGUGUAGGUCUUUGUAACUAUAUUCUUUAUUAUUUGAUUUUGUACUCUUUAUUUCAUGAGGUUCUGUAUCUUUUAGCUUUGUUUGCACUCUGUUUAUGUGGCUACCUUAUAGAAAAGAUGACAAUAAGACGAGCACAGUUUCUCUAUUUGUGUAGUCAGAGAGCUGACGUCUGUGGGAGAAGCAGAUUUGGUAGCACUAACUCAUUAAUGGUGUUUGUUAAGAAACACACUUUCACUAUACUUUAGACAAAAAGAGUAAAGAUAUUUGAUAGCUAAAGUGAUGCAUCAAAAUUAAAAAAAAAAAAGGCUGUUGGAUGUUGGCACUAUAUUCAGCUUGUGAUGUAUUUUUAUUGAGCACAUAACUAAUGAUCACGUUUUGUGUUUCAUUUACCACACAUCUAAAAAGUCACAUUGUACUACUAUAAAAGUCACAUUGUACUACUAUAAUUUAUUUGCUGCCUAAUAAAUUCAGUUAAGAUCUAA